CGCUCCUUUUUUGGAUGGAUGAGAAGAGGAGGAGGAGGCGGAGGAGGCUUCUUAAGGAGUCUCCUCAGCCGGGAGCCUCACUCGAUUGCCGCUCAUCCGCUCGUCUUCUUCUGACCUUCGACCUCCCGAUCCCUGCACCCAGCAGCUCCGCGCGUGGUAGCGCCCCCUCCCUGCAGCCAUGUGUGACGACGAGGAGAGCACCGCCCUGGUGUGCGACAACGGAUCGGGACUUUGCAAGGCCGGAUUCGCCGGAGACGACGCGCCCAGAGCCGUCUUCCCCUCCAUCGUGGGCCGGCCCAGGCACCAGGGCGUGAUGGUGGGCAUGGGCCAGAAGGACAGUUACGUUGGCGACGAGGCUCAGAGCAAGAGGGGAAUCCUCACCCUCAAGUACCCCAUUGAGCACGGCAUCAUCACCAACUGGGACGACAUGGAGAAGAUAUGGCAUCACUCGUUCUACAAUGAGCUGCGGGUGGCCCCCGAGGAGCACCCCACCCUCCUGACCGAAGCGCCGCUCAACCCCAAGGCCAACCGAGAGAAGAUGACACAGAUCAUGUUCGAAACGUUCAACGUUCCUGCCAUGUACGUGGCCAUCCAGGCCGUCCUGUCCCUCUACGCCUCCGGACGCACUACAGGCAUCGUAUUGGACUCCGGGGACGGCGUGACCCACAACGUUCCCAUCUAUGAAGGUUACGCUCUGCCUCACGCCAUCAUGAGGUUGGACCUGGCCGGGCGUGACCUCACCGACUACCUCAUGAAGAUCCUGACCGAACGCGGCUACAGCUUCGUCACGACUGCCGAGCGCGAGAUCGUCCGCGACAUCAAGGAGAAGUUGUGUUACGUGGCUCUGGACUUCGAGAACGAGAUGGGCACGGCGGCCACGUCGUCCUCGCUGGAGAAAAGUUACGAGCUCCCCGACGGGCAGGUCAUCACCAUCGGAAACGAGCGCUUCCGAUGCCCCGAGACCUUGUUCCAGCCGUCGUUCAUCGGCAUGGAGUCGGCCGGCAUCCACGAGACCACCUACAACAGCAUCAUGAAGUGCGACAUCGACAUCCGCAAGGACCUGUACGCCAACAAUGUGCUGUCGGGCGGCACCACCAUGUACCCCGGCAUCGCCGACCGCAUGCAGAAGGAGAUCACUGCGCUCGCCCCCAGCACCAUGAAGAUCAAGAUCAUCGCUCCCCCCGAGAGGAAGUACUCGGUGUGGAUCGGCGGCUCCAUCCUUGCGUCGCUGUCCACCUUCCAGCAGAUGUGGAUCAGCAAGCAAGAGUACGACGAGGCGGGCCCUUCCAUCGUCCACCGCAAGUGCUUCUAGCGGCCCGCGCUCAAAGCGGCUAGCCGCUGUUGGCUAACGUCUGCGCCGCCUCAGUCUUGUUACUUUCUUGUCCUUUUGGUUUUCAAAACAUGUUGGAUGGAAAAAAAAAAAAGUUUGGACUGCUGCCACAGGGGCGUGGCCUCAAAAUGAAAGAAAGCAAAUAAAAUUCAACUGCAACUUUUUAAAA